GACUAGCCUUGACCUCAUUUCCACCCAUCUGUUGGACUUGAGAGGUCAGGCUGAGACAGGCAGGAGUGACCACAUACCUGGGGAAUUCGGCACAGAAUGCUGGGGAUAGGCGGCAAGAACCCCCUGCUUUUGAGGGACAACACAGUAAAGGCUAAAUCAUUGCCUCAUCCCAAGUAUCUGGGUGCUCGGAAAUGUUCUACUGAGCUGGGUGGCAGCCUACUCAGUUCAAACCUUCUGGACAUAAGCAACCACUACUUUGUUUUUCCUUAGACUCAAGUCUGCACCCUCCCCCAGGCUGCUGGCAUAUUUAAUUGGUCUCUAGAGAAGUCUUGACUAAGAUUCAGGUCCCCAGGAAAGCAAGAGGACAGGCCCAGGCCUGGAGGAGGGUUGUGUGUGACCCUGGAUAGUGGAGGAGUAGGGUUGUGUGUGGCCCUGAAGAGUGGGGUUGGCGUCCAGCAGCUAAAGCGUCCGUUCCUGCGUCAGGACGCACGGACAGGCAGUGCCUAAGGGAGUGGCCUUGAAUCUGUGCAGCUGGACCACCGCAUCUCUAGAUGCCAAGAACCGGCCAAGACCUUAGUCCCGCCCCGCUUUGGGAAGCCAACAGAGCGCAAGAUCCCCACCACUUCCGGCCAGGGCCGAAAAUGUCUAGGACACUGGUUGGCGCUCGCAGUGCGUAGUGACGCACUUCCUCCCUGUGACGGACCCGGCCCAGGAGCCUUCCGACAGGCGGCGCUGGAGGCCUCAACCCUUUGCGAUUGGCAGUUAACCCUGUAGUAUUGUGGGAAUCAUGGCUUUUGGCUCCGCCUUUUCCUCUUUCGUAAUUUCCUGUCAGAUAUCCGUGUCUGCUCAAGUCUUCAGGAUUGCGCAGACGUGAAGUGUACACGUCCCGACAGGCAUUAGGCAGUGUCCCAUUGCUUUCUGGUAGUUGUAGUCCAUAGGCGCUAAAGCACCCAGUAUUCAGACAGCCGGAAACUCGGUUUCCCAGGAAGCCGUGCGAGAGUGGGCGGAGACCGCGGCCCGAAUCCCGGGGAACCGGCGGGACGCUCCGGGAAAGGCGGCAGGGUAUUCAAGCGUGCAUGGACGCUGGGACGCUCCACAUCUUUGCGCACAAGGAUAUAUUUUAGCCACCCAGCUUCGCGAGGUCUCCGCCCGCCUGCGUGAUCAAGCCAGCGCCUGGCUGUGGGACGGGUCCCAGGUCCGCAUGGAGGAGCCAGAGGCUGGCUUGGAGGCUGAGGAACCCACCGAGGAUGACACCCUACCUUCUGACACCGUCUCCCUCAGCGACUCGGACUCGGACCUCAGCUUACCUAGUGGUGCGGAGGUGCAAGUAUUGUCCCCGGAGAGGCUUUCCGGGGAAGGCCAGGAGGAUUCUGACCCUGAUGACCCUCCCUCGCCCCCCACGGGCGUCCCCACCACCGCAGUGCAGCCGUUCCACCUUCGAGACAUGAGCUCUACCUUCUCCCAGCGCAGCCACAGCAUCUUUGAUUGCCUGGAGAGUGCAGCCCGGCAGACACCGCACUCUGCACCCCAAACCAGUGUGAGUGACAAUGGCAGCUUCAAGCGGCCUUUGGUUCCCCCAAGUCAGACUCCAGCAGGCAGCCUGAGCAGAAUGCGUGGGAGCACUGGUCCGACCAGGGUACUCCCUGUCCCUGAUUAUGUGUCACACCCUGAGCGUUGGACCAAGUACAGUCUGGAAGAUGUGGCUGAAACCAGUGAGCAGAGCAAUCGUGAUGCUGCCCUGGCCUUCCUGAGUUCUCACAGCAGGGCAUCCUCCACAGAGUAUGUCCCCUCCUUCAACCAGGACCCCUCUAGCUGUGGGGAGGGGAGAGUGGUCUUCACCAAACCAGUUCGAGGCACUGAGACUAGGACUGAGAGAAAGAGGGUCCUAAAGAAGGGGUGUGUGUCAGGUGCUGGUGGUGAGGCCUCUGUUGAGCUAGCCCAUCUGGCUGGGCCUGAAGGUGAGGAGUGGGGUGGCCACCAGGGACUGCCAGGGGUGGCAAUAACUUCCGAAGCUGCUCAUGCUGGGUCCUCAUCAGACCUCACAGGGAUGGAGGCUGUUGGUUUCCACAGUAGCAAGAAGCGGAGUAGAGACCACUUCCGGAACAGGGACAGUAACCCAGAGGGGCCAGAGUCAGAGAGAGGCCCCUCAGUUUAAGUGCAGUGCCAUCACUCCCACCUCACCUGCCCAGUCUGGGGAGCUGUGGGCUAUCUGUAGGAGGGGAUGUGUGCAGCAGCUUUGGCUGGGGCUGGGAAUUGUGAGUCAGGGGACCUUGGAGGACCUUGUGCCCCAGUGUCUUGGGGUGAAUAAUAAAGGUUUGGAGUAUUUGAA